AUGUCCAAAUCACGAGCACCCUUCCGCAUGCCUCGCGAUUCCCCGGACGAUUCUGUUCCACAGGCAGCUGCCAAAACCAAUCUCCUGGCGUGGAAUCAACUCGGUCUCUGGACGGAACUCGUGGAGGCCAUGGCACGCCUGGAGCUACAGACACCCACACCCGUACAGCAGCUCGCAAUUCCUGAACUUUUAAAAGAACCACCCCAGCAUCUAGCAUUCUUAGCGGCCACCGGCAGUGGGAAAACGUUGGCGUACGCGUUGCCCUUGUUGCAAAUGCUCAAGCAGGGGGAAGUCUUUGCAGACUACGAACGUCGGCCCAAAAGACCGCGUCUGCUGAUUCUGGUUCCAACGCGCGAACUCGUCGUGCAGAUUACAUCCGUCAUCAAGUCGGUAAGCCACUCAAUCAAACUGAGUUCGUGCUCCAUUACGGGAGGAGAAGACUACGGGGUGCAGCGUCGACAACUGAACCGACCGAUUGACGUCGUGGUCGCGACACCAGGGCGCUUGACCAAACACUGGAAAGAUUCGAACCUCUUUCUAGGUAGUUUGGAGCAUAUAGUUGUGGACGAAAUGGACACCAUGUUGGAGCAGGGGUUUUACCGGGAGUUGCGCCAAUUGCUGUAUCCCGUAUUGUACCACAAACAGGCCGACCAGGAAAUCAACGUUGAGCAAGACUUGGAUGCCAAAGCACCGCGAAUCGUGCUCACUUCUGCAACCAUGACGCAGCAAAUCCAAAAAAUUAUUGGGGAUAGUGACAACAAAAAAAAUCUCGUCAAUGCCAAACGUCACCAUCGCAAGGUGGAAGACGCCGGCUUUCAAGUCAAAGUCCCAAUGGUCCUGCCAAGAACGAAGGUACUCAAAGCAGCAGGAUUGCACAAGACGGUCCCGCGAUUACAGCAGGUCUUUGUUGACGUCGGAGCCACGGACAAGUUGAGUCUGUUGGUGGAUAUAGUAUCGAGUGGUGGUAGCGGCGCCGCCGUAGCGGCGUCCCUCACCGACCAACAGGCAUUGACCAUGAUCUUUUGCAACACCGCAGCUUCCUGUCGCGCAGCCCAAUUCGCACUCUCUGAAGCACGGAUAGAAUCCUUGGCCUAUCACGGGGACUUGAACUCCGCUAUGCGUUCCGAAAACCUGAAACGAUUCCGUGCGGCGGGGAAAAAGAACUGCGACAACGCCUUGGCCGAAGAACCCCGCGUGUUGGUGUGCACCGACCUGGCGGCACGGGGCCUAGACGUGCCCCAAGUGGAUCAUAUCGUCAUGUUCGACUUUCCGCUCAACGCGUUGGAUUACUUGCAUCGAAGUGGACGUACGGCGCGAGGUGUCGGAGGUGACCGCACCGGCAACGGUCGUGUUACGGCCUUGAUAUCGAAGCGCGACAAGGUCUUGGCGAAUGCUAUUGAACAAGCUGUAUUGCGAGGAGAUACUCUGGAUGGACUGAGUAGCCGAAAAUCGGAUUAUCUACCCGGUGCUCGACUCGGAAACCAAGGUAGGCCUGUAAACAAGAAAAAUACAGCCCGGCGCGGCGGCGGAUCCUUUGCCCAAGGCAAAAAAGAGCAAAAGCGCAAGUCUAGUUCGUCGAGGGGACCCCGUCGUUAA